UUUUAUGAUCGGGCAAUAUCCAAUCAAUACUUACCAAUAUAACAUACAUAUAACAUUUCGAAUUAUUAAUUUGUUUCAUAGAAACUGGGCUUUAAAAAUAUGCUAUGUGACACCUUCACAAAAUGUCAGUGAUUUACAAAGCAUGAAAUUUUUCUAUAUUUUACUAAUUUUUACACAACUUUUUUCAUGCAUUUCAGUAUCAUACGCACCAUUUAGAGAGCACGACCAGUCAAUAAGAAAGGCAAUUGAUUUUGAUGACUCUACUACAACCCCAAAUAGAGAGCAGUGUUGUGGCUGUAGGAAAGAUUGUUACUGUUUGUUGAAUUGCAACAAAACACUACCAAAACCCAAGAAAAUAAUAAAUCCCUUCAAAUACCAACUCGAACAAAAAGUACCUCAAAAACCUUUCGGAAGUCUUUGUGUAAAAUGCGCCGCUUGUCUUGCUGUUGCGAGUGAGAUACAAAAUGUUAUAGAAAGUGCCAGUCAAGAAUGCGAGACUGAUAUGGAAAACAAAAAAGUUUUACUCCAAGAAAUCGACGAAAAAAUUAAUAGGCUUUGUAAAAGAGGAUUUACAAACUUUGAUUUGAGAUCUUAUGGAAACCAUAAAAUAAUAACAAAUAACUUCGAAUGUACCAAACAUGUAACUUCGAGUAUGGAUGGGAGCUGGACAAAAAAAUUAAGAGACAUUUGCAGUUUAUACAUAUCAAGAGCCGACACUAAAACAAUAAGUUUAACAGUGUUAGACUCAAUGGGGAACCUUACAGAUAUAUUUUGCAGGGGUACCGGAAUAUUUCGUGACUGUAGCAACAUAAAGUCCCAUGAAAAUAUUGUUCUACCGACCUGCAAUACCUUGAAAUGUCAUUGCUCAAACUGGAUAAUGAGUUAGUCAUAUCAUUGGUCAUAUGAAUGAAACACUUUUUUUGAAAACUAAAAUUUAUUAUUUAUAAGUACUCCUACGUAAUUAUUGUGGAAGAAAAAAAUAUACUAGAAGAAUUCAGAAUGAUAUUGAUACAUUGUUAAACAUCGUAGAAGUAGUACAUUUUCCUAAUUACCAGUAGAGGACGCAUACAAAAAAAACCUUAAGACUAGCUUAAAUAUUACAAAAAAAAUAAUUAUGUAUUAAAACUGAAAUGAAUAAUUGUUGUCUUUACAAUUAUGAUAUCAUUAUCUAAGAAAAUCAACAAUUGUCACUGCUUUAUAAUCAUGGAAAAAAAUAGAACGUAUCGUAAACCACUGAAAAGUUUUUUUUUUUUUGAAAAUGCUCAAGUACGGUAUUAAGCCACUUUUCUUCGGGACUUUGGUUUUUUACAUGAUCCAAUGUUCGUGACUGUUGACACGUUCUAAAUAAAUCAAAAUUAACAUGAUUAAAAUGUCAUAUGUAAAAUUGAAGUGAAAUGGAACCUUGGCUUAUAUUUAGGCUUUUUUUUUAAUCAGUUAGGUAGCUUAAAUACUGAUCAUUUAACCUCCACCACAAUUUUAUUCUUGAUGCAUCAUAGAUCUAGCUUGUGCCUUGACUCGUUUCUCAUACUCCAAACGGUUUUGACAAUAGAUUGUGUAAGCUUCAGCUUGGGCUGGAUCCUUAACGUUUGGUUCAUUUAACAAAUCUUGG